UUAAAUUACCCCCACACUCUAAUGAUAAACCAAACCUCUUCAUUUUAUUCCAAAGUCAAGAUUCCAUGGAUCACCCGCCUCUAUCUCAACCCGUCGAUCCGCCGCCGGUGACCACCGCCGACGCCAUGGCUUCCGAAAUUCUACCGGAAUCUUUAAAUUCCGGCGUUAUGAAGAAGAAGACGAAGAAGAAAAAGAAGAAUAAAGCAUGCGUCACGGACCCUUUUGACCCUCAUUCUUCUGCUGCCUCUUAUUCAUCAUCAUCUUGUUCUGCGACGUCGGUUCCACCUUCAACUCAAAGGGGUAUUAGGGUUUCCACUGGUCGUCGGAACCCUAGAGUCAUCAUUAGCUCCGGUAGACAGAAAAGCGACAAUGUUGAAGCACUUGCACUUCCUCUCGGCAUGUCUAUUGCUGCUGUUCUUGCUCAGGUUUUGGAAAGAAAAGAUGCAGCCGGAGAAAAGAUGUCUGUGGAUCACCUCUCAGAGAUUUGUACUUUGGUUGUCCGAGAGUCUUUAGCCAAUGUAUUCGGUGAUCAGUUUGAGUCUUUCGUGAGGAACUUUGAGAAAUCGUUUCAUAGUACCUUGAUGACUCUCCGAUUGAUCAGUGAAUCCUCAAUGAACAGUGGAGUACAGCAACAUGAUUGUGCAGCAAGGACUUCUGUCUCAGAAAGAUCUGUGCCUUUUAUUUCUAACAGAGUAGAAAAUGUUACAUGUGAUCAUGACUUCGGUGAGUUCCAAUCGGAGUCAUUUCAGCAGAAUAGCUCAGAUAACGAACUGAGCAAUCAAGAAGAGAGAAGUGACGGGACAUGUCUUGAAUCAAUAGGUCAGCAGCUUACCCGCUAUGAUAGGGAAGUAAGGCAACAGUUGGCUUCUGCUUCUUCAAGCAUGAUUUUAUCCAAUACAGGGAUUAGCCAAUCUGUGCAUAGGACUUUGGAAAGAUCUCUCACAGAACAAGCUAGGUCGAAUGACCUCAAGACAUUUGAGAUUGGUCUUACAAUGAGGAAGUUGCAACUUAAAGAAAGGCAGCUGGCUCUCAGUUCUGAUGCUAACCUUUUGGAGAGGGUCAAACUAUCAUUUGGUUUCUCUAAAACGUCCUUCAAAACUGAAAAGUUCAAAAAUCAAGUAGAAGACUCAAAACAUGCUGAGCUACUUAAAACCUGUAUAGACUGCCUUGUUGCUGGUUUAUUCAUCAUGCUGGCGUGUCUUGGAUAUGGAACUUAUGUUUUUUCUCACAAAAGAAUUACCGAAGCUACAGCAUCCUGCACCCCUUCCAUGCAAAUUCACCUAUUAAGCUGUGGAACAAAAGAGAAGGAACUGUAUCAGGAGACUUGUUGUCCAAAGAAGUCAAUGAACACAAGUCUUGGUGGAUGCCCCAAUCAAUGUCGUCAUUCAAUUCAGGACUGCAACUCUUACGGUGUCAGGUUCAAGUUCUCAGUCGCAUGCUAUUUGGUGCUUUCCUGAUAUUGUCUAUAGCCUAUCUACUUCUCCAGCGCUCUGCAACUUCAAAUCAGACAAUGCCAGUUACUUUCAUUCUGUUGCUGUUGGGAGUUGGCUGUGGUUUCGCAGGGAAGUUUUGUAUUGACACCUUGGGAGGCAGUGGAUAUCGUUGGUUAAUUUAUUGGGAGACUUUAUGCUUGCUACAUUUCUUUUCGAAUGUCUGUAUCUCGACUUUGUUCCUGAUCCUUAAUGGUCCUGUCACAGUGUCAGAAAAGAGCAUGAGGGAUCGAAGAUUUCCAUACUGGAUUAGGAGAUCUAUGUUUUAUACCACAGUACUUCUUAUUCUCCCCUUGCUAUGUGGUCUGAUGCCUUUUGCUGGCCCCGGUGAAUGGAAAGAUCACUUCUCUUCACUUGUCCUGGAUGCUUUUAUCACUCCAGUUGAAUUCUGAGGAGUAGAGUGCAAGCUUAUAGCAUUAUCGGAUGAAACACUGUUUUGAUCAAGACCUGUCAAGGAAUUUUGACUAGUAGAAGACGAGUCUGAAGUAUCGGGCUUAAGGAUGAUUAUGUUUCUGUUUACAUGUAAAUUAUGAUGUAUCAUUAGGGGCUAGAUGAAGAUUUCCAAGGUUAUGGAUGAAACACUGUUUUGAUCUGUGCCUGUAGCGUUGUAUCAUUAAUUAAUACUCCAGGGUUAGUCUAAAUUAUGUGCAUCAUUAGAGCAAAAUGAGGCUCUGUGUUUACUUACUUUUUGGUUAAUAUAAUUGGGGGAAGCAGGUUUUGAGUGUUGUAAACAAAUUGCAGGAGGAUACAAGUAUUCUUGUAUUGAGGUAGGAUUACUUUUUAUUCAGUUGAAUUGAGUUAUAAGCUGUAGAUUGUGUUGAUUAACUGAAAUACCAGUUCUCUAUGAUUCAUGUUA